AUGGAGUGGCCCAGUCACUAUGCCUGUGAGAAAUUGUUGGUACUUUUGACCCACUAUGACAUGACAGAAAGAAAACUUGGUAGAAGACACUCUAAUCAACUACAGCCAAUUCGAAUUGUUAAAAAUCGGGUCAGAAAUGGAGUUCAUUGCUUUGAAAUAGAGUGGGAAAAGCCUGAAUAUUAUGCUAUCGAAGAUAAACAUGGAGAAUUAGUUCUACAAACAAUAGAAGAAGAAUCAUUAUUUGAAGCAGCUUUUCCAGAGAUUGUUGCUGUUUAUCACAAACAAAAGUUAGAAAUUAAAGAAAAGAAAAAGAAAAGCAUGAAAACUAAGCCUAAAGAAAAUAAUUUGCCACAAACAGAUGAUUUGCCACUCAUAACUUUAAAACCCACAUGUGAAAUCUCUUCUAAACAGAAUUCCAAAUUAAAUUUGGAAAAUUUCCCUGAUUCUAUAUUACCCCAGGAAUCUCUUUCUGCAUCAUUGAAUAGCUUGCUUUUAUCUGAAGAUGCUCUCUGUUUGAAUACUCAAGAACAGUUAAUCUCUUCUUCAAAACCUUUGACUACACAGAAAAUUACAGCUGUUAGUAAAUCUCUAAUUUCAGAAUCUAGUCAACCAAAUAUCUCAUCCCAUAAAGUGUCAGCUAUUGCUGAUUUAAACUUGAGCAGCAUUGACUGGGAGGGAACUUCUUUUAGUAAUUCUCCAGCUAUUCCAAGGAAUACUUGCUCUCAUGGCUUAAAAUCAGGACUUGAAACAGCCAUCCUUCAUAGCUUUAAACGUAUCCCAGGACAAUUGUCACAUGACUCAGAAUGGUACACCACAAACAUAAAUAAAGUGUUAAGUUGUGAUCUUCAAAAGACUAAUCCUGAAGAGCAUCUGUCUUCUGGCAUUACUGACUUACAUCGUCAGGACCUGCCUUUAAAGGAACGAAUACUUAAAAAGUCAUUACAUCCUCUGGGUAAUGUACAUUCAGACCUGGAAACUUUAUCCGUACGCACAGCAAAUAAAUGUAAUGCUAACGGUUCUGAUUGUCCAUCACAUCUUUCAAAGGAUCUAGGAAUUUAUUUGCAAAAGGAAUCUAGGAACUCUGAAGUUCAAAAAGGAGACCAGCUGUUUCAAGAAAACUAUAAAGUGAAUACUUCUUUACCCUAUUCUGUCAAAAACAUGGUAGUAAAGACCUCUGAGGCCAGAGGCGAGCCACCAAAUACUUGGUUAGAUCAUAACAGAAAUGUUGACUUGCAAACCACUCAGAAAAUUGUAACGAAGAAAAGUGUUUGCCUUGACAGAUAUGCCUCUGAUGGAAAAAGUGCCUCAGUGUUUGGGAAAGCUGUGAAUGCAACUGAGAAAACGGAGCAGAGUUUUCAGAAGCACAAACCAGCCCCAUUCCAGAAAAAUGAUGCCAACAAAUUGAGUAACCCUAAGAUACAUAUGAAAGAGACGGAACAAUAUGUCCAGACUUCUAAAACAGCUGUAAAUGAAGAAAACUGUUUCCCAGAUGCAGCCAAAGGUUCUCUGGGUUUCCCACAGUGUCAGAAGGGAAAAGAUGACUCUGGUACUUGCUUGGAUAGUCCUCUUCCUUUAUGUCAGAGAUUAAAACUGAGGUUCCAAAACACUUGA